AUGGUAACUGACCAAUGCUUGGCGCCGUGCAUCCUUCUGCUUCGGAUGCUGCCUGGGAGCCCAACUGCAUACUUGUAUGUGAAGUACGCGGCAGUGCCAAGCGAGGGUAGUCUACAAUACACCAUAAUUGUACUCCCUACGGGCAGCGCGAAAGACAAGCUUGCCAAACGGUCACUUUUAACCGGCGAAAUUACAAUGUGCCCGCCUCCCGCAACCAUCCCGGUCCGUGGCGGCUCUGCUCAGCGGCCGUAUUUGCGCGAGUCAUCAACGAGCAUCCAUCAACUUCGGCCCGCCUGUUUCUUCUUCUUCGGCAAGAGGCAUCCCCAGCUGCACAACUCAGUGUGCAGAAUCUGGUCGGGGACGGGAGCGGCCCAUGUGAUGAUGGGCGCGCGCUGCAGAAGCCGGCAGCUCGUCGCCACAGUUGCACAGCCGCCGCGGGAGUGCAAAGAUGCAAUGUCCCUGAGGUGGUGGUGGAGUUCCACGACCCCACCCCCGCGUCAGGUUGUACAUACCUAUGUACAAUUUUUGCCCGGCCGAAGACUUUCGGGCGCUGUAAGUAACUUAGUGCACACUACUACGCUCUUUUACCGAUCGGAGCCCCAAACCAGACUAGAAGACGGCCCGGGUCUGGCCCGCCCUCGGACCACUCCCUGGCAGAGUGUCAAAGAGUCAAAAUGCCAUCCUCCCUUUGCGUGUAUCAAGUUGGCGACCAACAUUGAGAGCGAGCAAGCCGGAGGAGACCUUGACGGCGAAACGAACGCGAUGCGGGGCCAGGAGGGCGCGGGAAAAGUAGGGGACGCCUCGUCAUCUCAUGUCGCGUUGCAAUCAGCCGGAGUCGCCUGA